AUGGUGCCGUUACCAGCUCAAGGUCAUCUCAAUCAGCUUCUCCACUUAGCCCGUCUCAUCUCAUCCUAUGGUAUACCAGUCCACUUCGUGGGUACCACCACCCACAACCGCCAAGCCAAGCUUCGUAUCCAUGGUUGGGAUCCUCUGGCCACCACCAACAUCCAUUUCCAUGAAUUUCCAACCCCUUCGUUUCCCUCUCUCCCUCCCGACCCUAAUGCCUCUUUCCCAUCACAUAUGGUGCCAUUACUAAAAGCUUCAAUGAACCUUCGUGAGCCUGUAGGCACACUUCUACGAACACUCUCAGCAGCAACUAAAAGAGUCAUCGUUAUUCAUGACUCUCUAAUGGCCUCGGUUGUCCAGGACGUGCCCUCGAUACCAAGUGCAGAAUCCUAUUGUUUUCGAAGUAUCUCCGCUUUUGCUACCUCUUUGUUCCGCUUCGCAAGGCGAAAAACUUUUCCUAUUGACGCCGAAAUACUAAAAGAAGCUCCGUCAAUCGAAAGCUGUUCAACAUCAGAGUUCUGGGAGUUUCGUCGGACACAACUUGAGCAUAGGAUCUUCAACUCUGGAAAUCUUUGCAACACGUCCAGGGUAAUAGAAGAUCGAUACAUUGAUAUGCUUGCACAGGAGCAGGUUGAUGGAACGUCGAAGCAUUGGGCUAUUGGGCCAUUCAAUCCGGUGGAUUUAUUGAAGAACAAAAAUUCAAUUAGGCGUCAUUCAUGCUUGGAGUGGCUUGACAAACAGAAUAAGAGAAAUGAGGAAGAAGAUUUUACAUCCGGAGAAAGAAAACAGAAUCGCUCUAUACUUCUAUAA